AUGAAUAAAAAAUGGAUUAGCCCAAGUAUUCAUCCAUAUACAGUGUCACAUUUAUCCCAUGGGGCUCUCACUUUUUCACCCCAUCAUGGGGAGAUUGUUGGUUUCAUAAAAUUUAUGCAGGAAGCCAAUCCUGUUAAGUACCCAGAAGAUACUUUUCUUCAUAACUUGUGGAUGAUUUUUUUCAAUUGCUCAAGAUUGCAUUCUGAACGUAAAAUCAUUGAAAACUGUCUGCCCAAUGCCUCUUUGGGAUUGUUGCCAAGGAGUCUUUUUGAAAUGGUCAUGACUGAAGAGAGUUACAAUGUGUACAAUGCUGUGUAUGCAGUGGCCCACAGUCUCCAUGAGAAGAAUCUCAAUCAAAUACAAGUUCAACCACAGGCAAAUAUUGAUAGGACUCUGUUAUCCCCCUGGCAGCUUCACCCUUUUCUGAAGAAUAUUCAAUUCAAAAACUCUGUUGGUGACCCUGUGGUUCUGGACUGGAAAAGGAUGGCUGAUCCAGAGUAUGAUAUUCACAAUGUUUGGAACUUUCCAUCAGGUCUUUCACUAUUGGUGAAAGUGGGUACAUUUGUUCCUAGUGCUUCCAAGGGGGAACAGCUGAUGAUAUCUGAAUACAUGAUUAACUGGCCCAUAGGAUUUACAGAGAUUCCUCGGUCUGUCUGCAGUGAGAGCUGCAGCCCUGGAUUCAGGAAAGUUGUUCUGGAGGGAAGGCCUACCUGUUGCUUUGACUGCAGUCCUUGCCCAGACAAUGAGAUUUCCAAUGAGACAGGUGAAGGACAAUGUGUGCAGUGUCCAGAAACACAUUAUGCAAAUGCAGAGAAGACAUACUGCCUGGAGAAAACUGUCACCUUUCUGGCCUAUGAGGAUCCCUUGGGGAAGGGACUCACACUCGUGUCCCUUGGAUUUUCUAAUCUCACAGCUCUUACUAUUGGAGUCUUUGUAAACCACAGAGACACUCCAAUAGUCAAGGCCAAUAACAGAUCUCUCAGUUACAUCCUGCUCAUCACUCUGACCCUCUGUUUCCUCUGUCCAUUGCUUUUCCUUGGUCUUCCACACACAGCCACAUGUAUCCUGCAACAGAACGUGUUUAGACUUCUGUUCACUGUGACUCUAUCCACUGUGUUGGCCAAAACCAUCACUGUAGUUAUGGCCUUCAAGAUUACAGCUCCAGGAAGAAAGAUCAGAUGGUUGCAGAUAUCACAGGUCUCUAAAUGUGUCAUUCCAGCUUGCACUCUGAUACAAGUACUUCUCUCUGGCAUAUGGCUGGGAACAUGCCCUCCCUUUAUUGACAUGGAUGCUCACUUUGAACAGGGACACAUCAUCAUUCUUUGCAACAAGGGCUCAGCUGUUGCCUUCCACUGUGCUCUGGCCUACCUGGGAGUCAUGGCCUUGGGUAGUUACCUCAUGGCUUUCUUGUCCAGGAACCUUCCUGACACAUUUAAUGAAUCCAAGUCCAUGGCUUUCAGCAUGCUUGUGUUCUGCAGUAUAUGGGUCAUGUUCCUCCCUGUCUACCACAGCACCACUGGGAAGGUCAGGGUAGCUAUGGAAAUGUUCUCUAUCCUGGCUUCCAGUGCAAGCAUUCUAAUUGUAAUCUUUGUCCCUAAGUGCUACAUUGUUUUGUUUAGUCCAGAAUUAAACACACUUCCUCAUAACAGGGAUGAAAGACAC